AGAAGAGCGCAGUGUUAUUUUCGUCUGUAUUUAGAUGUGGGGGAAAUCCAUCAAACGCUGUGCCAUUCCUGGCUGUAGGAUCGAGCCCGUGUCUCUGCACAGCCUCCCAAAAGAUCCCAGCAUCAGAAACGAAUGGCUAAAGUUUCUCUUUACCGAGUUUAAUGCAGGCUAUGCAAGUAAACUCUUACUGAAGGAAGGGAGAGUGCCGACUAUAUUGGACCCGACACCAAACCCGCGAUCCUGUCAGACGAGUCCGAAGAAAUCCACUGCAGCCACCUCUGAGCCUGUUGAGGAGAUGCCAUCCAUACAAAUCAAGCCGGAGCCAGAGGAGGUGGAGUGUAUGGUGAAACAAGAGCCGUUAGACGAUUGUCCCGAGCCUACAGACCUCAAAAUCAAAUCCUCGCCCCCUCCGCUCCGUGACAUCAGCACCCAACACAACGAUGACGACCAGACGGAACCCGUGGACCUGUCCCUCAACAAGCCCCGCCCCUCCUUUCCGGUAGCCAUAGCAACCUCCACCCCUGCGAACCCGCCUCCUCAGAACAUCAUGGCGAGCGCCACCAUCCCGGCGGUGCUGUCGCCGGGCUCCAUCCUGGCGUCCACGCAAGGGGUCGGAGGUCAGCAGAUCCUGCAUGUCAUCCACACCAUACCCUCCGUGAACAUGCCCAGUAAAAUGGGGCAGCUGCAGACCAUCCCAGUGGUGGUGCAGUCCUUACCGGUGGUCUACACAACCGUAGCCACAGACGGAGUGGCUACCGCCACCAUCACAGUACCUCUCAUCGGAAGCGACGGCCGGUCGGAGGGGUCAGUGCGUAUAAAGCCUGGCUCAACCUCUCCAGUCGAGUAUCAGUCUGACAGUGAUGCUGAGAGCGGCACAGAGUCUGGAUCGGCCUCUUUCAGCACACAAGGGAUGGAACCCAGUAUGAAUACAGAUGUGGACAUCCAAGUUGACCCUGACUCACCAGACAUGAAGAGAAGGCGUGCACCUAGUUCACAGUGA